GCCGAUGUAGCAUGCUUGACCGGCGACGGUUCGAGUUCGGAGAUAGAGAGGUAAUGAGUAAGAGAGAGAGAGAGAGAGAGAGAGAGAGAGAGAGAGAGAGAGAGAGAGAGAGAGAGAGAGAGAGAGAGAGAGAUAUAUAUAUAUAUAGAGAGAGAGAGAGAGAGAGAGAGAGGGAGAGAGAGAGAGAGAGAGAGAGAGAGAGAGAGAGAGAGAGAGAGAGAGAGAGAGAGAAUGAGAGACAGAGAGAGAGUGAGAGAGAGAGAGAGAAAGCGAGAUUGAUAGAGUGAGAGAGAGAGAGAGAGUGAGAGCAAG